AUGGAAGUCAACAAGAGGUCUGGCGUUUAUCAUAGAACCACUAUAGAUGAUGCAAAGGCGGGUGAAAUUCGCGAUGUAUCAAGCCGGGGUAUUUCGGAAUACACACAAAGGAGGACCCUUGCACUGACACCUACUCCGACGUCAAAUCCUUUACUCGAACUAUCACAUCCUUCCUACGGCCUUCCAGAAGAGCUCGUUCAUAACUUUGCAACUCUCGGCAUCAGAUCCAUCUACCCGUGGCAGGCGGAGUGUCUGUUACGUAGCGGAGCCCUUAACGGCGAGCGGAAUCUCGUCUAUAGCGCGCCGACUGGAGGCGGAAAAUCCCUUGUGGCCGACAUAUUAAUGCUCAAGAAAGUGAUCGAGACGCCGGAAAAGAAGGCUUUGCUGGUCCUGCCAUACGUGGCACUCGUUCAGGAGAAAGUACGCUGGCUAAGGCGGGUAGUCGAGGGCAUCACGAAGAAGCCUGCAGACUCUGACAACAAGCAGCGAAAUUCAUUAUGGCGCAAACGUGGAGACGAGGAGAAUGUGAGGGUGGUGGGCUUCUUUGGUGGAAGCAAAUCCAAAGCAACUUGGGCAGACUUGGAUAUUGCGGUUUGCACAAUUGAAAAGGCCAACUCGCUCGUGAACUCAGCUAUUGAGGAUCUCACGGUUGGGAAGCUCGGUGUGGUUGUCAUUGACGAGUUACACAUCAUAAACGAUGACAGCCGUGGGUAUAUACUGGAGCUGAUGGCCACUAAGCUUCUCAGCCUAGAACAGAACAUCCAACUGGUUGGCAUGAGCGCCACUCUUAAUAACCCCGAAGUCCUAGCCAGGUGGCUUGACAAUGCACGGUUCUACAUAUCCAAAUACCAGCCUGUUCCAAUUGAGGAACAUCUUGUCUUUGACAACACUGUAUAUCCAGCCGCAUCAUCGAGCAGGUUUUACAAGACUGCGACCCAGCUCAAUGCGCAAACACAAACACAGAUCCAAAUGUCAUCACAACCUAGACCAGAACCAUGUAGAAUCAUUCUACCGUCGCCAAACAAGGAAUUUAAGGACCCGUUAAUUAAUGCCGUUGUGUCUCUCGCGAACGAAACUGCAAGGGCAGGCCAUGGGGCACUCGUCUUCUGCAGUAGUCGUGCCGGCUGUGAGAGGGAUGCAAUAUUAAUCAGCCAGGUUCUGCCCCGAGUCGAGGAAGUCGAUGCCGGGACCAUGGAUAGGCGGAGAGACUUGUUAAGUGAUUUGAGAAGCACGAGUACAGGUCUGGAUCCUGUCUUGGAGAAAACUGUGCCUGUUGGGGUAGCGUUCCAUCACGCUGGUCUGACUAUUGAGGAGCGUGAUCUGAUCGCAACUGCUUAUGACAAUGGGGUGAUUAAGGUAAUUGUGGCGACAUGUAGUCUAGCAGCUGGGAUCAAUCUUCCAGCACGAAGGGUCAUCUUGCAUGGCGCAAGAAUGGGUGCAGAUUUGGUUGGGCCCUCUAUGUUGCGACAAAUGAAGGGAAGGGCCGGCCGGAAAGGGAAAGAUGAGAUUGGGGAAACCUAUCUCUGCUGCCAGAAAAGUGAUCUUGAGGCAGUUACCGAGCUUAUGGAAGCAGAUAUACCCACGGUUGAGAGCGGUCUAAUGCCGGGGAAGCGGGGAAUCAAAAGGGCGUUGCUGGAGGCAAUUGCUACGGGGCUUGUGACGACCGUUGAGGCUGUACACGAUUACAUGGAGAAGACCCUCCUCUACCACUUCAUUGACAACGACGAGCUCGACAAUAUGGUUAAAGAGACCCUACACGAUCUGGAAGAGACCGGUCUGACCAGAACGGAUGACUGCACCUUGCAUGCUACUCUUCUUGGUCAGGCUACCGUGGCAUCCUCAUUGACCCCUGAAGAUGGCCUAUUUGUGCACAAAGAACUUCGAAAAGCUCUCGAAGCCUUUGUGAUGGACGGCGAAAUGCAUGUUCUCUAUUCCUUCACACCAAUCCAAGCUGUACAGGGGAAUGUCAACUGGCAGAUGUUUCGAAAUGAGGUUGAAACAUUCGAUGAGAGUAAUUUAAGGGCACUGAAUCUCAUAGGGCUGAAGCCAGCUGUAAUCAACAGAAUGGCACAAGGCGGUUCGUUGAAGGAAUCCACACCAGAGGAGAGACAGAUCGCGCAGGUAUACAGACGUUUUUACGCUGCGCUACAGCUCCGCGAUCUUUGCAACGAAAUGCCCAUUUAUGCCAUUGCUCGGAAAUACGACAUCCCGAGGGGUCACGUCCAGAAUCUUGCACAGACUUGCCACGGAUUUGCGGCCGGUAUGAUAAAAUUCUGCGAACGGAUGAACUGGGGGGCCCUUGCUGCGGUUCUUGACCACUUUUCUGACAGGCUGAAGGCUGGAGCCAAAGCGGACCUCCUCGCCUUAACUAAAAUCCCAUAUGUCAAGAGCCGCACUGCACGGAUCUUCUGGGAAAAUGGAUUCAAAACGGUGGCAGCCGUUGCAAUGGCUGAUACGAAGGAUUUACUACCCGUGCUAUUGAUCGCACAGCCAAGGAAACCGAGACUGGACCCCGUGAAUGAGAAGAAAUACCAUGAUAAGCUUCUGGCCAAAGCAGGCAUAAUCUCGGAGUACGCCAAUAAAAUCUGGGAACGUCAAAUGCAGCUGGAACUUGACGAGGAAUGAAAGAAUCGAUGAAAGUAUUAUUGAUUUGACAUCCAUACUGGAAUAUAGCCGCUUGAGUCCCCGACCGCCGCCAACCAGGGGUCCAUACUAUGUUCUAGACUCACUAGUGACCUUGAGUUUGGGGCUUGAGGUCAUGCGAAAUGUUUAUUCGUGCCACAACGCUCGGCAAGAGUCUCACAUAAUAGGGGUCGUCGGCCAAGCAGCAACACGCCGGCACGCGAUCACUACAAGCUGAAAAGCGAAAGAAUGUUUGGUCAACUUUACUAUUUGGGGAGACUAACAUAGACCUAAGCGGAUAGACAACGUUCACGAGGACCUCCUCUGUUUUUUAGCC